AUGUUAAGGUACGAACCACUGUUCAAUUAUUUCCAGGAGUUUUCUGACGCAGCAUUCAGAGUUGUGGCUGAUAAUUAUGUGACAUCUGACCGCGGAACUGGAAUUGUUCAUUGUGCGCCUGCAUUUGGAGAAGAUGAUUACCGAGUUUGUAUUGAGAAUAAAAUAAUCAAUAAGGGCGAGAAUUUGGUUGUCGCUGUUGAUGAUGAUGGUUGCUUUACUGAGAGGAUUACUGAUUUCAGUGGGCGCUAUGUUAAGGAUGCUGACAAAGAUAUCAUCGAGGCAGUGAAGGGAAAGGGUAGGCUAGUAAAAACUGGAAGCUUUAUGCACAGCUACCCUUUCUGUUGGAGGUCUGACACCCCACUUCUUUAUAGAGCUGUUCCAAGCUGGUUUGUUAGAGUGCAAAAGCUGAAAGACCAACUGUUGGAAAACAACAGUCAGACAUAUUGGGUACCUGAUUAUGUGAAGGAUAAGAGAUUCCACAACUGGUUAGAAAAUGCACGAGACUGGGCUAUUAGUCGCAGCCGGUUUUGGGGUACUCCUCUCCCUGUAUGGAUCAGUGGGGAUGGAGAGGAAAUAGUAGUAAUUGAUUCUGUUGCCAAGCUGGAAAAACUUUCUGGUGCUAAGGUGUUUGAUCUGCACCGUCACAAGAUUGAUCACAUCACGAUCCCUUCUAGUCGUGGCCCUGAAUUUGGGGUGCUUCGGCGUGUGGACGAUGAUGCUUUAAGAUUGUACCUUAUCAAUUCUCCAGUUGUGCGGGCUGAAACUUUGCGUUUCAAGAAGGAUGGAGUCUAUAAUGUUGUGAAAGAUGUCUUUCUUCCAUGGUAUAAUGCAUACAGGUUUCUUGUUCAGAAUGCCCAGAGACUUGAGGUUGAAGGACUUGCACCAUUUUCUCCUGUUAGUCCAACAGCUCAGCAGAAUUCUUAUAAUGUGCUUGAUCAGUGGAUCAACUCAGCUACUCGAAGUCUUGUACAUUUUGUCCGCAAAGAAAUGGAUGCUUACCGACUUUACACGGUGGUUCCAUAUCUUCUGAAGUUUCUGGACGACCUGACAAAUGUAUACGUCCGCUUCAAUCGGAAGAGAUUGAAAGGUCGUACUGGGGAGGAAGAUUGCCGAAUCGCUCUCUCCACUCUCUACAACGUAUGUUUUCAUUAA